AUGGGCAUUUUGACGAAUAACGAUAAAGUAGAUGAAAUUGUCAACGAAAAGUAUAUUAGAGAUGAAUUGCAAAAACAAGAAAAAUCGCUUUCAAUAGGUGAUCACUUCUCAAAUAUUUGGAAUUCUCGUCAUAAUUUUGAAGAUCCAUGGGAUUAUUUGAACGUUUUUAAUAUUGGACGAAUGUUCGAUCACCAAACGCUUCCUUCUAUAGAAGAUGGCGAAAUUUUAGGCAGCAAUGUUGCCACUUUGUCGAAUUACAAGGGACCCACUGAAACACAAUUUGCAAACUGUUUGGAGUCUAAUGGGCUGUCUGUUUGGGAUACAAAUGGUUGGUGGAGGUGCUUGUUCCCCGAUGAUUCAGUAAAGAAGAGGUUAAAAAUGGAUAAUAAAACUUUACAUGAUGCUAAUAUCUUAACCAGAGAGAAGAUUGAAAACGAUUAUGAACACAAAUUAGGUUUGUUCUUUACUGAUUACACAAAUUAUUUGUUAUGGAAGACAAAUUUAAAUAAGUCUGUAAGUGACAGAAAACUGGAAGAAAAGGCAAAUGAAUUCAACUGGAAUCACACAAUGACUACACCUGAAGAUUUAAUCUUCAAUCAUUCUAAUGAUAAGAAACAAGUUAUCGGUAAAUCACAAUUUCUGAAAUUCAAUUCAACCAAUGAAGGUGACGAAGAAAUAAAAGAAUUGAAAACUUACUACCAAGAUGGUACAAUGUCUUUAAAGACUCAGAAAAAAAUGACUCCAAGCGAUGGUAGUAAACCAAGAGUAGAAAGCUACGAAAAAAUAAUGAAAUCUGACGAAAAAUUUGACACUUCUAAUAAUCAUGGGUUCUCUUCAUGGUUUAGGAAAUGA